UGUCAUUUUGUGAGACAUUCUGAUCAUUUUUUUGGUCUCAUUUUCAUCAUUUUCUCACUUGUCUGCCAUUUGUGCAUCUUUUUUAUUAGCCUUGUGCCAUGCAGUAGGUCGCUUUUCUCGUUUUGCUCUCUUUUUUUGUAUUUUUUCAUCACAGUCAGGUUAAUUUGUGUCUGUGAAUCUGACUUAUCUGAAGAGAAAUCUCUGACUGCAGCAGGAAUAAAAUCCUGACAAAUUACAGUGACAAAGAAACACCACAGUAGUCUCUUUUUUUAUGGUUUUACAUCCAGGAGGUGGAAGGAAAUCUGUUUAUUUGCAGAAAUCAGCUGAACUUAUGUCGUAACGCAGCAUUUUAAUACUUUAUUUAAAAGUUCUGCAUUAGAAAAGUUAACAUCAGCAAUAAAUUUCAAGUUUUUUUUCUAUUAAGCCACUUUAAAGACACUUUUAUAGCGGUUUUGUUCUUUUUAUUGCAGCUAGCAGCCUACAGCGCCACCUACUGGUUGUUCUCUACAGCAGCUGAUGGAAGCUGGCUGAUGUUCUUCUUGUUUUGGAAGCUGAACACAGAGCUGAGGCUGCAGUUCUCACAGCUCUGAACCUUUUGGUUCUUCUGGAGGCUGCUGGCAUCUGCAGGACUUUUGCUGCUGGACUGGAGCUCUGAUGUUCACCUCUUGGUUCAUUAAAGGUCACUGAGGUUUGGUUCUUCUGCUCUGGUUUCUCCUCUGACUCGCCCCUCUGCCGUCAUGUGACCUCCUCCUCCCCCCCAAACCUCCUGCAGGAGUUAAACUCCGCGGAGGCUCCGGGGAGCAUCAGUCCCGGAGCAGCCAUGCUGGACACGCUCACCUUCCUCCUGGAGAAGCUCUUCCUCCACAUCAAGCUCUCCAGCCUGCUGCCGCCGCUGCGCCGGGAGCAGCCGCUCAGCAGGCGCUGUGAGCGGGAUGAGUCCGCCCCGCAGCCCGCCGGAGCUCCGCAGCGGUUCCAGCGGGGAGACCUGCUGGAGGUGCCCCGGAUCCUCUUCACCCACUUCGGCAUCUACCUGGGCGACAACCGGGUGGCGCACCUCAUCCCGGACAUCCUGCCGGCGCUGACGGCCGACAGCCGCCAGAUCCAGGAGAUGGUGACCAACACGCGGCUGCUGCUCGGCGUCCUCUCCAAGCGCGCCAGCAUCCGCGUGGACUCCGUGGAGGACUUCGCGUACGGAGCCGGAAUACUGCUGAACGUCAUGGACCGGGCGGUGCCCCGCGGCCCGCUGCCCGGGGAGGAGGUGGCCCGACGGGCGGAGCGGCUGGUGGGCUCCGUGUCCUACAGCCUGCUGUGGAACAACUGCGAGCACUUCGUCACCUACUGCCGCUACGGAGCCGCGCAGAGCCGCCAGACCGACAAGUUCUGCGAGUGGCUCAAGUCUCUGAUCCGGGACCAGCGGAACGUGGUCCUGGCGGUCCUGCUUGGCUUGCUGUCUGUCAUGUGUUCGGGGUUCUCGUCCGGCACCGUCCUUCCCGCCAUCCUGGUCCCGUUCACCCUGUGGAUGGCCAGCUAAGGGGGAUGCUAACGCUAGCUCUGGGUGGUUAGCAUUAGCAGCGUUAGCAUCCAGGAAACGGGCCGAGGCUCCAGUUCUCCUGUAAAUAUGUAGAUAAACAGUUUCCUAACAGUCCAGACUUUUGUACAGAAUCUAUUUUUACAGCUUGUAACUCUUUCUGCUGUUUUUAUCGUGUCAAUAAAGAAAACGGAAGCAGAUCA